AUGCAGGACAUCUUCUCCCCUUCUACCUAUGUCAUUGGUGGCAAUGUGCACCAUGCCUCGGCCUGCACACCCUCCCCCUUGAGAAUGUUCCGCAGCUGCUCUGAGACGUCCUCGACCCUGGCGCUCAGGAGACAUCAGGACAUGCAGAAGCUCUGGUUCACCCUGGCUGUCUGGCUGCUCAUCCCGGACUCCCAGCUGGAGGUGGAAGCUCGGAAUCCCAGUCUCGGUGUCAAACUCUGUGGGAGAGAGUUUAUUCGGGCGGUCAUCUUCACCUGCGGAGGCUCCAGAUGGAAACGGACUGAGAUAAGCCUGCCAGACAUCGCUGACCCCUUCUCCCACCUGCCACAGACCAUGGACGAUGCCAAUACCGACAGCUGGGACCUUGCUGACGAUGUCACCAAUUACAAGCCUGCAACCUGGAGAUUCCUGGUGGGAUUUGGGGAUGAGGGCCGGAGCCGGAGGAGCAUUUCCAAUGACGUUCUGGAAGCUUUGAGGAGCACAGAUAGGAAGGGGAGGGAUGUGGUGGUGGCUCUGUCUAACGCCUGCUGUAAGUGGGGGUGCACCAAGAGUGAGAUCAGCUCACUCUGCUAAGAUCUGUGCCACACCAUUGUUUUCCUCCGCCUCCUGUUCCCUAAUACAUAAGACCCAGAAACUGGCUGGGUUCACACAGACACCUUGCAAGCAAAGUUCCUGCUCCUGAACUCUGGACCACACACAGACACAGCAUGAAAUGUGUGGCAGCCUACUGGAAAAACCAAACCUCAUCAAUUCAUGUUUGAGGGACAGAUGUUUUUAGAAUGACAGAUG